AUGUUUGAAGGAAAUGCAACCGAGCCAUAUCCAUUCUCUGAUUUUCUUGAAACUCUAGAUUAUCUUGUCCACGACGUUCUCAAAAUGGACCUCUUGUCUGGCUGCGGUCGUCAUCAUAUCUACGCCGGCACCCACAUGCUUCGCAAGACUGCCAUGUUCCUUCUUGCUUACUGGGGCAUCAAGUUGGGAAUGAUGAAGCAUGGCAAAAUGAACAUUCAUGAUGAAGGAAUUCCAAUCAAAGAUAUCGCCGCAAUAUACAACGAUUCAAGAAUGCUUAAAGGGUCACCGAGAAAUGAUUCCAUUCUCAGCGACGGAAGGCACAAAAGCUCAACAAGCACAAUGACAUAUCUUGGCGAUGCGGCAACACUAUUUGGGCUCUACUGCCGUUUGGGGAGACGUGACCCCGAUCAAAUGGUUGGACCAACUAGCAAUCUUGCCUUGAGGAACAAAUGCCAGUUCCAAGAUAUCGUCUCCUUUUGGUUAAGGGGCAUCGGACAUCACCUUGCUUGCCAUUUACUUCAUGUAGGCUCAAACUCGUUUCCCCAUUC